GUCUAGUAGUGUACAAUGAAAAUAAGUCGUACACCAGAAUUUCUUGUUUACGAGGGUAUUAAUCCGGAUUGACAUCCUUUGUCUCUUGGGGAAAUCAUGGGGUUACGCUUUAACUUCCAUGGCUUUGCAAACAGAGAUAAGGGGUCAAGCCAUUUUUUCGUCUCAAUGGCGUGCUCUAUGGCAGCUAUAUUUGAAGACUUCCUAGAUUGCAAAAAGCACAAUCUGGACAACGUCGCCAAAGCAGCCAUCUUCAAGACACUUGAUCCCAUCACCUUCUCCAAAAUCAAGCAUCUCAAGACUGCCAUGGAGAUAUGGCAAGGUCUUGGGAAGCUAUGUGAGGGAUCAGAGGACUUGAGAAAGCAGAAGAUAGAAGUCCUGCUUGAGAAGUUCAAAGGCUUCAAAAUGCUUCCCGGAGAAUCAUUUGAUAUGUUGGAUGAAAGAUUCCACAAAAUCUUGAAUGAUCUUGCAUCACUUAACCACGUUCUUUCUCCCAAAGAAAAGAAUGUAAGGUUGCUGAGAUCUCUUCCAACUGAGUGGUACACCAAAGCCACAGCCAUGGAAGAAGGAAGAAACCUGGAGAACUACACUGUCCAAGGUCUCCUUGACGAGCUCAGAACCUAUGAGCAUGAGCUGAAGAAGAAGAAGGAAGAACAAGUCACUCCCUUCCCCACGGCAUUGAUGACAACUCCAAGAGUCCCAUCAAGUGAAGGGACAUGCCCAAGAAGCUGUGACACACCUUCCUCCAGCCAGCCGCCAAGCUCAAAAAUGGAGAACUACGAUGAGGAAUUUGCCAUGAUGGUCAAGCAAUUCUGGAAGUUCAAGAAGAAGCCUGGCCACUGGAAGUCAGCAUGCCCGUACCCAAAGGUGGAGAAAUACGGAGAAAGAGAAAGGAACGAGAAGAAAAAGAAGGCAAUGGUUGCUGCUGAAAGUGAUGAGUCAUCCAGCUCAAGCUCAGAUGAAGAAGCCCUCGUUUGCAUGGAGCGCAGAGCUGAGAGGUCCAACCAUGAGGACAGGUGGACUAUGUCAGAAGAUGACACUCUCUGCCUAAUGGCCAAAGAUGAUGCUGAUCAAGAGGUAACCUCACAAACCUCCUGCUCAUCUUCUUAUGAAAGCAUACCAACUUUUGAAAAUCUUUUUGACCAGUUCAAAAAGAUGAUGGUAGAUUUUGAGGAAAUAAAUCUCAAACAUUCAUCCUUAACAGAGGAGAACAAACUAUUGAGUGAAGAGAAUCUCAAGUUGACUGAAGGACGGAAAAGUCAACUGAAUGAGAUCACUCAACUCAAGACUGAAAAUGAAUCUCUCUCUGAAAAGGUGAAAUCCCUUAACAAAGAACUAGGGAUACUUAAGUCCAAAGAAGCAGUGGAUAAGCUUCUUGAAACGACCAAUCAUAAGAGUCGCAAAGGACUUGGGUUUGACCCCUCCAGUUCCAAAAGGAAAGGGAGAACAACUUUCAUCCCUCCUAAACCUACUGCUAAACCAAAUAAGCAGAAAGGAAAGGAAAAGGAGAAACCAACAGAAGUUCCCAAAAAGAUCUCAUCCAGCCGCGGUAGUCGUCUUCCUUCUCCGCCGACGGCGUCUCUUUCCUUCACCAACAUCGUCUUCAUCGUCUGUCGCCUCAGAAGCCGUUUGUGUGGAUGUCGUCUUUGUCGUGGUCAUCAUUCUUCGUCUAGGGUUUAUACCUCCCUUCUCAGAUCGGAUUCUCCUUCCAUCAGAUUUGUGUACCUCGAUCAAAUGAGAGUGCUGGCAUUGUUUGCCAUAAAGGGUGCCUUAUAUGGAUCCUUACAAUGCUAUAGAAAAUCGGAGUGUCAUGUUCAAGGUAUGUGUAAUGCCAAUUUUCCUCUCCGUUGUUGGUCUUUCAGUGAGUCUAGUCUUCAAGGUAUGAAUGUAUUCAAAUAUUCAUGAGCGCUAUUUCUAGUAGAAUAAUUGUUGUUACUUCCAUUCUCAAGUAAUGUCCCUUGCUAUCUGAUGUAGACAGUUUGUAGCAAAUCAGCAGCAACCAAGAAAGUUUUGCUGAGGACGAUUAAUCUUUUUCUAUUGGGUGUCUUUCUUCAAGAUUUCAGGCAUUCUCAAGCAGCAGUAAGAGCUUCAAAGUAAACUUAGUGGGGUUGCUCUUGAGAAAUAGAGAUUGGAGAAUGAGGUAAAACACAUGGAGAUAAAUCAGAAAGACUGAUCUCUUAAGGUGGACAAAUUGCUUCAAAAGUAUGUGUGGAUUGUGUCAAAGAAACAACUCUUUGGGAAAAGUGGAACUAAUUAGCUAAGGAAGAACAUUUUACAGGUAAGUUUUGUCAAUCAUUAAUUAUUAAGAUGAUGUUUGGGUUGUAUUGCCUUCUUUUGCUUGAGCAUUGUUUUCAUGUAGAAAAAUAAAGGAAAAAUCAAGAAUGUGAUUGAAGAGCUGGACGAGAAGAACACUUAAAGUUACUUGGGAAAAAGUUAACAGCUAGGGAUUUAAUUAGAAGGUUACAUGAUGAUAUUUGGUUUUAGUUAUAGUUUGUUCUCUAGAGUUUUGUUUACAAGGUGCUAUUUUCAUUGAAUGUUUUAAGGUUUUGGAGGUAAAUGCUGAACUUUCAUUAAAAAAUAUGUUUAUAGCAUCAGAAUGGCUGUAACUAUAUCAAUACAAAGAAAAUGGAGUGGUUCCUUUGGCUUAGAUUCAUUGCCUUUUGGUAUUUGGUGUAGGUGUGUUGGGACAGCAUUGAUCUUGUUCAGAAUUGGCAUCUCUCACCCCUGUAUAUUGUUAUAUUUGGAGUGGAUGCUUUGUGUGGUUGUGUCAUACACAACCUUCAAUCACCACCUCCACCUCUGUUGUCAUUGUUGCAGCCACUUCAAUCAUCCUAGCGGUGUCAUGGCUAUUAAGGGAGCCUCGGUGUCCACUUUGCAGGACUCGUGUUUGGGGUAUUAUCUUUCAAAAACACCGUUGUGCUUUGUCUAAAUUUGGAAGCACUAAUAUUCUUCAGUUGUUGUUUCAAAUGGUGAUUCUGCCACCAUUAUUAGUGACAAAUUAAGGGAUAUCUCGGUGUCUGAAACAUGUUGAGUUGUAUUAUUUGUUUUCAAUGCUAUCUUAUGUAGUUUAGUAU